AUGUCGAUUAACCGGACCGCCCUGGUCCUGGGGCUAGCAUUAUUUUGGAUCCAGCAGGCCAUGAGUAUAGUCAUCCCUGUCGAGCGUGCUGCGAAUGAGCUUCUUCCUACGUACGACUAUGUUAUUGUGGGUGGCGGCCUCUCGGGGUUGGUUGUUGGCAACAGGCUGAGUCAAGACCCAAACAUCACUGUACUCAUUAUAGAAGCCGGUGAAUUGGACAAUCGAACCGAAUUUACUACGUACCCGGCAUACGUCGGCCGAGGAAUCACCAACAUCAACGGCUGGACCCUCGAUAUGGUGCCACAGGAGCACCUAGACCAUAUGCCUCGGCCUUAUCUCCAAGGCCGUGGAGUGGGAGGCGGUACGCUCAUCCACGGGAUGACCGAAACGUACACAAUGGGUCUUGAUGAGAAGACGGCCAGCUCGCUGGGGAUUGAUCCAGACAUGUCCUUUCACGGAACAUCUGGUCCUGUCGAGGUUUCUUAUCCUCAAUUUAUUUAUAACCAUAGCCAUGCCGUGCUGAAGGGCUACGAAGAACUCGGCUUGCAGAUACUCAAGGACAUGAAUACUGGAAUCACAGCUGGCGUAGUGUUCAGUCCAUCCAGCAUGCAAGCCAUCAACCAGUCCCGGUGUGACGCCCGCGUCGCUUACCUCGAUCCAGUGAUGGAGCGCCCGAACAUGCAUGUUGCCGUCGGCCAAAUGGCCACUCGACUGUUGCUUGUAGACAGCACGCAGGGGCUCAUGAGCUCGACCAAGGGUCUGCCCACACCGAAGCACAUCCAGGGAGUGGAGGUCUCGGGGAUAGGACCGGCCUCUGUGCUGAAAAGAUUGAACAUCACCGUACAUAUCGAUUUGCCAGGGGUAGGGAACAACCUGCAAGACCAUGGCAUGGUGGGAAAAGAUUACAAUUAUAACCCAAACAUAUUUAGCCCCAAAAAAGUUAACGGUGCAAAGCUAGCCGAGGCCGAGUUAUCAUACAGAAUGAACCGCACCGGCCCUUUUACCGCCCCGUUGAUAUCCAUCGUAGCUUUCCCGUCUCUUCAGGCACUCACAACAGAGUGGAACACAUUGACGGGAAAGUACAUGCUGGAGGAAUUCGACCGUUAUCUGCUCGACGACGCACCCCCAGCCGUGCGACGAGGUUACACUAAGCAGUCUCGUCUGCAACUCGGCAUUCUCCGCCAAAUCGAUGAGCCUGCCUCAGAGAUCAUGGUUGACUCUACCGGCCGAUACACAGUUGCAAUUCAAAGCACCAUGUCGCGCGGCACUGUCCGUCCCAGUGGCCCGAACAUUCUCAAGGACAACAAACCGGUCAUCGACCCGCGAUAUUGCGCGCAUCCGCUUGACUGCGAGGUUGCAAUGCUGUCGUUUCGAAUGAAUGCUCGUCUAAUGAAAACCAACUCGUUAAUCCAAGCGCUCUCGCCCUCGCCCUCAGAGCCAUUCAAAUCUGCCGACGAUGAAGCCGAUGAAGAGAACACGGCGAAGUUGAUGGAUUUUAUCCAGCGUGGUUUAGGCACGGAAUUUCAUCCAGCAGGGACGACGGCGAUGCUCCCAUUCGAAGACGGAGGUGUUGUGGACACAGAGUUGCGAGUUUACGGCACAACAAACCUGCGAGUCGUGGACGCUGGUAUCAUGCCGCUGCUCCCAGCGGCGCACAUCCAAGCUGCCGUCUAUGCUGUUGCUGAGAAGGCUGCCGACUUGAUCAAAAAGGCCCAAGGAUAA